GACAUAAUUGUUCUCUCGCAGGGCCACUUCGUUACCUUCGACGCAAGGCAUAGGCAACCUAUCUGACCCGAGCAACGGGGGACGGCGAGCUCCAUUGUGUCUCGUGACACAUUCGAUCUGUUCACCCCGUUCAACCCUUUUGGCUUCCAGCGGAGACCUGGUCCUAAAAUACUUUAUAUCGAUCCAUUGGAAGCUUGCUUGCCGCUGCCCUAUUUCCAUCUCACUAGUUUCCAGAUUUUUCGACCCCCGCCAAAGCCCAUCUUAUUCACCUCCUCUUCUACCUCAGCAUCCAAGCCAAGCCUUCCUUGGACAUCUUCCAUUGAAACCCCUCCCACCCAUCCGGUACCGGUACCUCUGUGUUUCUCACUUGCAUCCAAUUCCUCCUAGGCAUACUAUCGCCAGCCUUUCUCUCGAGUAAAUCUUGAUCAAUCGGCAGCAACUUUUCUCAGAAAUGGCCAGUCAAGAAUCCAAGUCCGCCAGCGGCAGCGGACCUACACAGUGUGUCGGCCCGUUGUAUCGCUCAGAAAGUCAGAAGCCCACGGCCACAGUCUCGACCGAGAUCAAGCUAGACAACGUUGUUGUCUUGUCCCAGACGCCUCAGCUCAUUGCCCUUCUUACCAUCAUCCGAGACAAGAACACGGAGCGUGGCGAUUUCAUUUUCUACUCCAACCGCAUCAUUCGACUGCUCGUGGAGGAAGGCCUGAACCAUUUGCCUACCGUUGAGCAUGACGUGACAACACCCAUUGGCCGAACUUACUCUGGCCUCAUGUUCCAAGGCAAGAUUUGCGGCGUCUCCAUCAUGCGUGCUGGCGAGGCCAUGGAGCAAGGUCUACGCGACUGCUGCCGCUCUGUCAGAAUCGGCAAGAUUUUGAUUCAACGCGAUGAGGAGACGGCCCAGCCAAAGCUAUUCUACGACAAGCUGCCUGAGGAUAUUGCCCAGCGCUGGGUUCUCCUUCUGGAUCCCAUGUUUGCCACUGGUGGUUCGGCCAUCAUGGCAGUCCAGGUCCUCAAGGCGCGUGGUGUUCCCGAGGACCGCAUUCUGUUCCUGAACCUCAUUGCGAGCCCCGAGGGUAUCCAGAACUUCACCGCCAAGUUCCCAAAGUUGAGAGUUGUCACGGCAUUUGUAGACCAGGGUCUAGACGAAAAGAACUACAUCAUCCCCGGCCUCGGCGAUUUUGGGGACAGGUUCUACACCGUGUAAGUGUGGCUGUAUGUCCUGAAAGCCAAGGUAACAUGGCAUUGAUCUUCGGCUUGGGUUUCUUCUCGCGCUGCUGUCCU